UAGUAUUUAAUUUUAUUUAUUAUUUUACGUCAAAUAAAUUGUUACAUUUAUCAAUAUUUUUUUUUUUAAUUAACUAGUCAUUUUUACACACAAAUUCAGCGUUUUUAUUUUAAAUUAUAUUUUCUAAGUAAAUAUGGAGUGUAGUUUAGCCUCAACAUAUACUAGUAGUUCUGCAAAACCUUCUAGUGCUGUUUCGGGUAAUAGAAGCCCAGCAAAGUCUGGUUUACAUGUCAAUUUUACUGAAAAAGUAGAAGUAAAAGAAAAAAGAGAAAAGUUCUUAACAGCUAAGUAUGGUGCCCAUCAAAUGAGCUUAAUAAGAAAACGUUUAGCAGUUGAAAUGUGGCUGUUAGAAGAAUUGCAAAAACUGUAUGAUUUACCUAAAAGAGAUCCAGCAAUUGAAGGAAUAGAAUGUGAAGUGGAAGUUGAUAUAGAUGAUCUAUUAGAUAUGGAUGACGAUUGUCAGCGUACAAUAUUUCUUCAAAAACUCUUGUCAUCUGCCAAAUCUAAAGAAAAUAUCAAAGAAUUCAUUGAAAGAUUACUUGAAAAGAUUAAAACAUUAUAGAUAAUAACAGGCGGAAUUCAACUAUAAUUAUUCAUCCGCCACGCUACCUCUUAACUGUCAAACAAGAAAUGUCAAAUCUUGCCCGAUAAAUAGCAUGCAUGCAUUUUGGAAAAAAUUUUCAUUUUAGAAAAUUGUAUAAAAAGUACCGUCCACGUUUAAAAUAUGUAGAUUUGAAAAUGCUAAAUUAUAAAGAGAAGUAAAAAGUAUUGUUAUAUUUUUUUUGUGUUUAUUCAAAACAAAUUGUUCAGUGUUUUUUUAAAUAGAUAAAAGAUAUGUUGUAUUAUUUUUCAUAAUGUUGAAACAUCACUAUUGAAUAUUGAUGUAUGUGGUAGGGGCUUUUUAGAUUAAGUUCUAGACAUUUUUAUCUGUUUUGGUAAAUUAUUAAUUACCAU